AUUGGUAGUACCUUCUCCGGUUUUCAAUUCAAAAAACUUCCUGGGAAAGCUUCCAAUUGCCCGUUUGAUGGGUAAGAAUAGAGAACGCUCAGUUUUGGGCCAUUUACACCAUUGCAAGUUUGGGCCUGAUAUCCAAUAAAUCUUUCUAAAGUCCAAAAUUGAAAUACAAGCGGCGGCAUUCGUCGGCGCUCACGCCACCGUAGUCGAGCGUAUUAUUUCUGUAAUUGGGGCAUCGGAGACAUCGUCCCUCAAGAUCUUUGAAUUGGUGGUUUUGCAGGUUUUGAGAAUAGAGAGAAUUGGAUCGAAAAUGGAUGGGAAAUCCGAGAAGAAGAAGGAAUUGGGGGAUGGAGUGAAAAGCAAUGUUAGGGCAUGUGAUGUGGAAGCUCUGAAGAAGUGCUUGGAGGAGCAUAAAGGGGAUCACCUCAAAUGUCAAUCCCAAAUUAAAGCUUUCAGGAAUUCCUGUGGCAUCAAGAAUUCCCCAUCUUAGAUCCCACUCCACUCCUUAAUUAGUAAUCUCCUUCACCCAGUUCUUACAGAUUAGUAUGCUCAAUGUUAAACGUUAAUAUUUGUAUUGGUAUGAUUAUUCGCAAGCCCUUAGUUUUUCGUUUUGGCUGUGUUUCUUUUCUUUUUUGCUAAUACUAAUAUUGUAUUAUGUACCUCAAACAGUUUUCAAUUGAGGAUUUUGAAUGAGCCCUUUAAGAAUUGAUUUUGUUUCAAGUUAAUGGCUUUUUUUCCUCGGUUUUUUGGUAAACAAAUAAUGCCAGACAGUGCAAACUGGAGAAGAAGUAUUUAUGGCACAAAACAACUUAGAAAUGACUAGUUUACUUACUCUGGAUGGACAGUUGUGGUCCGAUUAUUACCAUUAUGUAAGCUAUGACAUGAUGAUCCAGAGCAAAGGAUUCUCUUUUAUCCUAUUAUCGAUCUGGCAGGUACUAGACUAGAUUUUUGUCCAUGAUUCAUGUAUUUUGACGUUGCUGAGAGAAUCAAAGAAAAACACUUCUGAUGCCUUUAUGUGUUAACUUGUUGCGUAUGAUGGCGACAAGUUUCCUUGACCUCUCAAGCCUUGUCAUGGUCAUUUUAUCUCAGCUUUCACUCAUUCUAAUUCGUGUCUGAAUUUCUGAAGUUGAAUUUGCUAACAUUCAUAGCUGUCAAUUAAUUUAUCCAUGGAGAGAUGGGUUGAUUCUGCAAGCACUUAUUAUAAUGCAUCUGACUCAUUUUCAGUUGGUUCCGAUCGAAGUUUGUUUACUUUUGGGGCAUUUACUGCAUUUUUUUUAUAUAGCUGAAAGAUGAUCAUCCUGUGUUAAUGGAGAAGGUGCAAAAUGCAAGUGGUCUUUAGUUGUAAUAAUUCUUGGAGUGAGUUUGUGGUCAAGAG